CAAAUCUUUCUCCACCAAUAAGUUACAAAAUAUCGCUCUAUGGCAUCUGAUCCCCUCGACCUAGAAGAAAUGUUGCAGGAACGAUCAGGAGAACCUUUUGGCGAGGAUCUAUGCCAUCAACCGAAUGGAGGCUUAGAUUUAUCCAGCAUCAGGCCUCCGCCGACCCGCGAGACCGUGGAAGCGCUUGAGCGACUUUCUAGGUUACCCAAGACUCCUGUGGAUUUGACGAUGAUGCCGCGAAGACGAGUCGCAGCUGUGUUAGUUUUGCUUCAUGUCAAUUCCCUGGGUGGGUUGUCAGUGACCUUGACCACUCGCUCUAGCCGCUUAAGGUCUCAUCCAGGGGAUACGGCUUUACCAGGUGGUCGAAUAGAAGAUUUGGACGAAUCUGUCGUAGCGACUGCUCUUCGAGAGUCUAGCGAGGAGAUUGGCUUGCCGUUGAUCAACAUGGAGCAAUACGGUUUUUUGGGUGUUCUUAGCCCCUUCGUUUCACGGAAUCUACUCAUUGUCUACCCAGUUGUUUAUGUGCUCCUUAUCCCGGCACCCGGUUUUUUACUAGGACUGGCUGCCAACGAGGACGAGGUUGCCGAGAUCUUUCAUUGGCCAUUGAAGGAUAUGACGCUGCUGAACCUCCAAGAUCAACCUGAUCUCGUAACCCGUAACGUCGUGUACACUUACCGGGACGUGCCGUGGAUGAAUUCGAAGCUUUACAGGUGGCAUUCAUUCUACCACGACUCAAUGCCGUCAUCCAUCACUGGUCUCACUGCGGAUAUCCUGAUUGCAGUAGCGAUUUUGGCCUUUGGUGUAAAGGAUAAGUCAUGCGGGGCUAUAAAGGCACCCACACAAGAAGAUUGGCCGGUACUGGUGUCAUGGGCUCUGGCUGAUGUGGGUGGAGGUCCAGGAGAUGAGCAUAGCCUCAUUAGGAGUGCUGGUGCACCAAAAACUUGAAAUACAAUGAAAGUCACUUUCCAAAUUAGCGCUAUCCUUUUCAACAUUGAACUUUUCUUGUCGAAAACUGUGAACCGUCUUCGGUGCUGCAUUUUGCGUUUUGUUAAGUAUGGUGACUCAAAUUUAUUUCCAAAAAACAAACAUUAACACCCUACUAGCUUUUUCAAUCAAGGACGACCACAU